AUGGAAUGUAGAGAAAAGUCUAUUGGAAAUAAGAAAAGAAAAUCAAAUGUUGAAGAAACAAUUGAUAGCAAUAACAAAUAUGAUAAAGUUCGGUUUACCUUUAGAUUUGGUCCGUCAAUGCUAUUUAUUUCUCCAAAGCCAAUCAACGCAUCUCAGAAAAAAAUGAAGCUCAGUUCAUCAUUGCCACUUUCAUCAUCGUCAACAACAUCACCACCUUCCAGUCCUUUUAAAAAAUCUGAUCCAUCAUCAUCACCCACUACCAGUAGUAGAUUUUCUUAUUCCUUUUUACAUAAACAAUGUGUAAAAAGACUAAAGGCUAGUUUUACACCACUUCGUAGAAAUAGUCAACAAAAAGUAGAAAUCAAUGAUAAAGAAAAUCUUAACACAAUCAAUAAUAAUCAUUCUGAAAACACGAGAAAUGUAAUAAAUCAAUCAAAUCGCACAAAUAAUAAUAAAAAUGAUAGUAAUACUAACAAUAGAGAUACUAGUAAUAAAGAAAAUGUUUUUAUUAAUAAAAUAAAUAGGAUUAUUGAAUUAUUACCUAAAAUAUUUUUUGUGAUCUUGAUAAGUAACAUUUAUCAAUUUUCAACAGCUAUACAAGAUGCUGUAGAUAUUAAAGUCACUGAAUAUUCACAAGAAAUGAUUCAGGCAAUGACAAAAUGUUCAAAAAGUUAUCUUCAAAACAAAUGUAUGCCUAAUGAAAGAGUUCCAGCACUGGAGCAAGCUUGUUCACAAUGGGAAAGAUAUCCUUUAAUUAAUAUAGUAACAGCAUCUGCUGAAACAUUUGGUGAAAUAAUUAAUAGUCUGAUGGAAAAAUUAUCAUAUAAAUCAAUGUCAUGUACAAUGUUGUGGUUUCUGGCUUUUGAUUGGUUCAUGAAUGUUUUCCCACCCAAAGCUGAAGCACAAAGUGUCUAUUGUGAGAGUUAUGCCAUAAUGGAUGCAAAGCAUCCUG